AUGGAGAAUUUUCAGAUGGGCUUUUUGCAAAUGAAAGCUAGCCUCGUGAAGUAUUGCGAGAAAAACCCUUCAUAUUGGGUACAACGAAGAAUAUACUCAGUGAUUAAAUCAAACAUCAAAGCACGAUUCCAAAAUCCAAACCCAAACUCAAGUCCAAGUCCAAGUCCAGAUUCAAAAUUAAAACCAAGAGCAAGUCAAAGAUCAAAUACAAGUCGAAGACCAAGUUCAAGUCCAAGUGAAAAUCCAGGAAUAAUUUCAAGACUAAGUUCAAGUCCAAGUGGAAAUCGAGGCACAAUAUCAAGACUAAGUUCAAGUCCAAGUUCAGAUCCAAAACUAAAAUCAAAACCAAGUCAAAGACCCAAUUCAAGUCAAAGACCAAGUACAAGUCCAAGUCCAAGACUAAGUUCAAGACCAAGUCGAAGACCCAAUCCAAGUGAAAGACCAAGACCAAGUACAAGUCCAAGUCUAAGUCCAAAUCCAAAACAAAAAUCAAGACCAAGUCGAAGACCCAAUCCAAGUCAAAGACCAAGACCAAGUCCAAGUCCAAGUCUAAGUCCAAAUCCAAAACAAAAAUCAAGACCAAGUCAAAGACCCAAUUCAAGUCAAAGACCAAGUACAAGUCCAAGUCCAAGACUAAGUUCAAGACCAAGUCCAAGACUAAGUUCAAGACCAAGUCGAAGACCCAAUCCAAGUGAAAGACCAAGACCAAGUCCAAGUCCAAGUCUAAGUCCAAAUCCAAAACAAAAAUCAAGACCAAGUCAAAGACCCAAUCGAAGUCAAAGACCCAAUUCAAGUCAAAGACCAAGUACAAGUCCAAGACUAAGUUCAAGACCAAGUCGAAGACCCAAUCCAAGUCAAAGACCAAGUCCAAGACCAAGACUAAGUUCAAGACCAAGACCAAGUCCAAGACUAAGUUCAAGACCAAGUCCAAGUCCAAGACUAAGUUCAAAUCCAAGUGCAAGUCCAAGUGGAAAUCCAAAAACAAUUUCAAGACUAAGUUCAAGUCCAAGUGAAAAUCCAGGAACAAAUGCAAGACCAAGCCCAAGAUACGAGGACGAAGAAUAUAGGCUGUGCAGUAAUGGAAAGGAAAACUUGGAACACAUCUGGAUGUGCAAGGAGCUGAGAAAGCUGGCAAAGGAAGAGACAAUUAGAAACGUGGAGAAGGCUUAUAACAGGGAAAGUCAACCCCGAAAUAUGCAACUAUAUAAGAGAUUUCGAGAGGACCUUAAGGAAAAGACUAUAAGUACCUAA